AUGUCUUGGAAAAGUGAUAUUAGAGUAAUUGUCGGUUUAGACUUCGGAACAACCUUUAGUGGAUUUAGUUAUGUUCAUACAGCUAAUCAAGAAGAAAUUAUUACCAAUGAAGCUUGGCCUGGUGAAAUUGGACAGCUGAAGACAAACACGGUUUUGCAAUAUGAUCCAAAAUUUGAAACGGUCGAUUUAUGGGGGGCACCAGCAUUAUCAAAACGACCACAUCGUAGAAAGAAAAAAGUAAUUGAGGCUCAACCAGUAGAAUUAUUCAAACUUCAUUUAGGCGAUAUGCCGGCAAAACUUAAACCAAAACUUGAAUUAGAUUAUAAGAAAGCAAUCACAGACUAUCUAAAAGAAAUUGGAAGAUGGAUGAAAGACACCAUAACAACAAGAUGGUGUGGGAUAGAUUUCAAAAAUGAUGUUUUAUUAAUUAUAACAAUGCCUGCAGAUUAUUCGGAACAAGCGAAGGCUAUUAUGAGAGAAUCCGAAGCUGCGGCUGUUUACUGUUUAAAAAAUGUUCUCAAAGAACAUUCUCUUCAAGUAUCAGGAACUACCUUUAUGAUAGUUGAUUGUGGAGGCGGAACCGUUGAUUUAACAACUUACAAGUUAUGGAAGGAAGAUCAACUUGGCGAAAUAACUGAAAGAGCAGGAGAUUUUUGUGGAAGUACGUUUGUUGACAAUAAAUUUGUAGAUUAUUUGAGCAGCAUAGUUAGCAAAAAUGCUAUAAAUUUGUUAAAAAAAAAUCAUUAUGGGCAAUUCCAAUAUAUGGUCCAAACAUUUUGUAAACAAGUCAAAUUUCCAUUUUCUGGACAAGAUCCUGAUUUUACAUACGAGUUAGAUAUUGAAGAUGUCUGUCCAGUUUUAAAGCAAUAUGUAACGGAUUCGGUAGAAGAACAACUCGAGGAGACAGAAUGGAUAAUUGAGAUAGAUUAUGAUACAAUCAAAUCAUUUUUUGAUCCAGUAAUCGAUAGGAUCAUCUCGAUGAUCGAUGUUCAAUUGAAAAAUUCAAAUAAUAACAUAACAGCAAUGUUUUUAGUGGGAGGUUUUAGUCAAUCGAAAUAUUUACAAAAAAGAAUCAAAGAUAAAUUUAUACCUCAAGUUCCUAAUAUAUCAGUUCCUGUUAGAUCUAUAGUUGCGGUCUGUAGAGGAGCAACACUGUAUGGACUUAGUAUGUACAAUAAUGAUAACUUGAACAGCAACAAUAAUUUUAAAUUUGUUAUAGAUAGUCGUGUUUUACGUUAUUCAUAUGGUAUAAUUGGAUAUCCGAUGUGGAAAGAGGGUGAUCCACCACAUAGAAGAGAUUCGGAUGGUAGAAUGCGUAAAUUCAUUCAAAUGGCACCUCGUGGUAAAGUUGUAAAAAUAAACGAGGAAUCUUCUACAACGUUCGUACCAAUAUCAGCAGAAAAUGAAUCUAUAAGAUUUGAAAUAUACCAUUCAAAGAACAAUGAUGAAAUCUACUCGGAUGAGCCAGGCAUGAAAAAAUUAGGUGAACUUAUAAUUUCAUUGCCUGAUAAACAUCUCGGAACUAAUAGACCUGUAUUAUUUUCACUCUGCUUUGGAAAAAUGGAGAUCACAGCAAGGGCAAUAAACCAAUUAAAUGGUUUAAAUUGUGAAACAAAAUUUCGGUUAGAAUUUGAUUGA